AGCCGGAGCAGGAGCCUCGUUCCUAUGACAACCGCGCCAGGUCCACGCGCAGACGGCGGGUAGCAAGGGUCAAAACAGAUUUUCAAAGUUGAAGCCCUAGAACUGUUCAGUCCGCGCCUUUGGUGCGCCGGGCCUUUAAGUGUCACGUGACUGCCCUCCGGCUCGUCCCUCCUCUUUCCCCUCCCCAGGCCCCGGCGAGCGCUGGUGUGGACCGGAGGCUCUCGGCCCCGCGGAGUAACUGGAGCACGGACGUUGCAGCCGGUUAGGACGGUGCCCUUUCCAGCUCUGGAAAGGAAGAGAAAUGGAAGUGAAAAAGUUGAGCAUUUCCUGGCAGUUCUUGAUAGUUCUGGUUCUGAUCCUGCAAAUUCUGUCUGCGUUGGAUUUUGACCCAUACAGAGUCCUAGGGGUCAGCCGAACAGCCAGUCAGGCUGAUAUUAAAAAGGCUUAUAAGAAGCUCGCCCGGGAAUGGCAUCCUGACAAAAACAAAGAUCCUGGAGCAGAAGACAAGUUCAUUCAGAUUAGCAAAGCUUACGAGAUUCUUUCCAAUGAAGAAAAGAGAUCACAUUAUGACCACUAUGGAGAUGCCGGGGAGAACCAGGGCCACCAGAAGCAGCAGCGAGAGUAUCGCUUCCGCCAUUUCCAUGAGAAUUUUUAUUUUGAUGAACCAUUUUUUCACUUCCCUUUUAAUUCUGAACGGCGAGACUCAAUUGAUGAAAAGUAUUUAUUGCACUUUUCACAUUAUGUGAACGAAGUGGUUCCAGAUAGCUUCAAGAAACCCUACCUCAUUAAGAUCACCUCAGAUUGGUGCUUUAGCUGUAUCCAUAUUGAGCCUGUUUGGAAGGAAGUAGUUCAAGAACUGGAAGGGUUGGGCGUAGGAAUCGGCGUGGUCCACGCUGGCUACGAGAGACGCCUGGCCCAUCACCUGGGAGCACACAGCACACCAGCUAUCCUAGGAAUCAUAAAUGGGAAAAUCUCCUUCUUCCAUAAUGCAGUUGUCCGUGAGAACCUGCGACAGUUUGUAGAGAGUCUUCUUCCAGGGAACUUGGUGGAGAAAGUUACAAGUAAAAAUUAUGUCAGAUUCCUCUCUGGCUGGCAGCAAGAGAAUAAACCGCAUGUCCUUCUGUUUGACCAAAUGCCCGUUGUACCACUGCUCUACAAGUUGACUGCUUUCGCAUAUAAAGAUUAUUUGUCAUUUGGAUACGUGUACGUCGGUUUGAGAGGGGCGGAAGAGAUGACGAGGCAAUACAACGUCAACGUCUAUACCCCCACCAUCCUGAUCUUUAAAGAACACAUACACAAGCCUGCAGAUGUUAUCCAGGCCCGAGGUAUGAAGAAACAGGUCAUUGAUGACUUUAUCACCCAAAACAAGCAUCUGUUGGCAGCCAGGCUCACCAGCCAGAAGUUGUUCCAUGAACUCUGCCCCGUGAAACGGUCUCACCGACAGAGGAAGUACUGUGUGGUUCUACUGACCGCGGAGGCUACCAAGCUGACUAAACCCUUCGAGGCUUUCCUGUCCUUUGCUCUGGCAAACACGCAGGACACAGUGAGGUUCGUGCACGUCUACAGCAAUCGGCAGCAGGAGUUUGCCAACACCUUACUGCCAGACAGCGACGCCUUUCAAGGAAAAUCAGCGGUGUCUAUCUUAGAAAGGCGCAACACAGCAGGGAGGGUGGUGUAUAAAACCCUGGAGGAUCCCUGGACCGGGAGUGAGAGCGAUAAAUUCAUCCUUUUGGGUUAUCUUGACCAACUGCGGAAAGACCCAGCUCUUCUGUCCUCGGAAGCUGUGCUCCCCGACUUGACCGAUGAACUUGCCCCUAUUUUUCUCCUUCGGUGGCUCUAUUCUGCUUCUGACUACAUCUCAGACUCUUGGGACGGCAUAUUUCACAGCAACUGGCGGGAAAUGAUGCCCCUUCUGUCCCUGGUCUUCUCUGCUCUCUUCAUCCUCUUCGGCACCGUCAUCAUCCAGGCUUUCAGUGACUCAAAUGAGGAGCGAGAGUCAAGCCCUCCAGACAAAGAGGAAGCCCACGAGAAGACCGGGAGGACAGAGCCAAGCUUCACCAAGGAGCCCAGCAGCAAGAUUCCUAAAAAAGGCUUUGUGGAGGUGACCGAGCUCACAGAUGUAACAUACACCAGUAACUUGGUACGCCUGAGGCCAGGCCACAUGAACGUGGUCCUCAUCCUGUCAAAUUCCACCAAGACCAGCCUGCUGCAGAAGUUCGCUUUGGAGGUCUACACGUUCACUGGGAGCAGCUGCCUGCACUUUUCCUUCCUGAGUCUAGAUAAACACAGAGAAUGGCUGGAAUACUUACUAGAAUUUGCUCAAGAUGUGGCCCCGAUCCCAAACCAAUACGACAAGCAUUUCAUGGAACGCGACUACACGGGCUAUGUACUGGCUCUGAAUGGCCACAAGAAAUACUUCUGCCUCUUCAAGCCCCAAAAAACAGUCGAAGAGGAGGAAGCCAUGGGGUCGUGCAGUGACCUUGACUCUUCCCUCCAUCUGGGUGAAUCUCGAGGGAAAUCUUCUGGCCUUGGAUCCAGGCCCAUCAAAGGAAAGUUGAGCAAGUUGUCCUUAUGGAUGGAACGGCUGCUGGAAGGCUCCUUACAGAGGUUUUAUAUCCCGUCAUGGCCUGAACUAGACUGAGAAUUUCUAAAAGAGGCUCGAACUCUUCAGACUUUUUAACAGGCCCCUGUGAACAGGUAUUUUCAGGACUCAAACUAUCACAAUGGACAGAGUAUAGAUUUUAGAUUAUUCUUCCAGAACAGUGGCUAGAAGAAUCUUUCCUUUGUCCUGUUCUAACCUAGGAGUGAAAAACACCAAACGCUGAAUUCCCCAGAUCUGAAUACUUUCCUUUGGGUCUUUUUUCCUCAUUUGAAUGCCACACUAUUUAAAAUAGACUGCUCAUUCCCUCUUCCUUUGUCGCCCCGCCCCGUGCUCGCCCCCCACCUCCCCUGUCCUGUCUCUGUGCUGUGGGACAAGCACAGGGCUGGACCCUGCAGCAGAGCCUGGGGGGACCUCGCGAGCCUGGUGUGCCGGUCGGUCCAUCUGACCCCCGCCCCGCCUCGGCCGUGCUUCUGCCGCGGUGCAUGCUGUAACGGUGGGACAAGCCACCGCAGCUUCUGGGCCCUGUGUCUCAAAAGAGGCCUAGUUCCAAGCGAUCUUACAUUAGUGGUUUUUUUGGUAGUAAAUGGCUAAAAGUAUAUUUGGGGGGUAUCCUCCUACAACAGCUUGUCAGCCACGGUUUUAAAAGGUUAGGACUGCGUGGGGGUUUCUGCACGUCUGUUUGGUUUUCUUCCCGAGACUAGAGAAGGGAGGGCUGGGCAGUGCCUGAGCGAUGCCUUCUUGAGCAUCCCAUCAGCCCCCUCCCAAACACUAAGAGUAGCUGGGGAGGGAUCCGCGUGGCAAGAAGUACUGUAAUGACCUUGAGCCAUUUACCUGUAUGUUUUCAGAUGCCUUUCUGCCUCUGUCAGUUUUAGGGUGUGGAUAUUAGGAGCCAUAACUUGCAAUCUUGCUCUCUGAACGUAGAGGUAAGCUGCUAUAAGCCAGUAGAUGUUAAACUGACGACACGUCAUUCCUGCCGUGAGUCAGGCUCAAGGAACCUCUUCCCUACAGUGAUGUCUCUUUAGUAAACUAUCAGACAUAUCUUUGUAUCAAGGAACUUAAAAUUUCUCAGCAAUUGUAUUUUGAAUACUGUUACCCCAAAAGUGCUGUAUCUUCAAGUCCUCUUUGGUGACAAGUGAGCCAAGACACGUUCUAGGCUUCCGUUUUGCUCACUUUGAGCUUCUGGCCUAUAUUUUGAUGUCUCAUCUUAAUUGUUUUCACUCUUAAGUUACAACUGCUUCACCAGUAACAGGGUCAGACCUGUCAUCAGCACCCCAGCUCGCUGAACUCCAGUGAACGAUGGACCCCAGGCGGGGCCCUACCAGCCAGUCAAGAGAGCUUACCUUUUCUUUUUAGAGCACACCACCAGUGGAGUUUGGACAACCUCAAAGAGUUCAAAUGUCAAAACAAGUUGCCUUUUUGUAAAGUGAAGGGUCAAAAUCAGUGAUGGGACAAAAUAGGUUAAUAUUUUCUUUAAUCGUAAUUGCUUUAAGCUAAGCCAUUUGGAUUGAGCUACAGUGGCAAGUAACAAAUUAUUUGAGCCCAGAAAUCCCUAGUUUUCAUGGAAUCUAUAGCUUUAUUUAAAAAAAUAAAUCACUGCCAGGCUUUAUUUUUCCACAUGAUCCUCUAAAAGUGGGUGUUUAUUCUUAUUGCCAUAUCUCAUGGCAUCUGGCCCAGGUAGAACUGAUCAAGGAAUUCAUUUUUGGCUCUGUGAUGCACCAAGUCCUCAGAAUUAUUUUCUGCAUCUCUUGUGGCCAAGUUGCUUAUACGAGUAGUGUUUUGGUUCAGUGGUAGGUUUUUAUUUUUUUAAUUUCUGGUACUAAUGGGAUUCCUGACCUUAAUUUCUGAAAACCAAAAACACCCCAGAUUCGUUCACUUUAAAAAAUUGUGGGCUUCCCUGGUGGUGCAGUGGUUGAGAGUCCGCCUGCCGAUGCAGGGGACGCGGGUUCGUGCCCCGGUCCGGGAAGAUCCCACAUGCCGCGGAGCGGCUGGGCCCGUGAGCCAUGGCCGCUGAGCCUGCGCGUCUGGAGCCUGUGCUCCGCAACGGGAGAGGCCACAGCAGUGAGAGGCCCGCGUACCGCAAAAAAAAAAAAAAAAUUGUAUCAUUAAAAUAAAAAGCACCUUCAGACAGCUGCACCUUUCAUUUGUAUAAAGAAAGGAAAGUGAUAAUAGUGAAAACGUUCCUAGGAAAUAUUUCAAUCCAAAAAACAUCAUCUACAGAUCCGUUUGGGGGCUGGUAGCUAUCUAUGCCCCCCAAGAGGAAACUGGGAAGCUUUUAAACUGACCUUUACCCUUGACCACCCACGCCUUUCCUCCUGAAUGUCAUUUCCAUGAAUUUGUUUACUUUUGUGUCAAAUGUAUGAGCCACUGUCCUGGUCAGCCAGUGCUACCAUUUAUCUUACAUAUGUAAUCACACAGACCCAAUUUUGGCUCUAAGUUAACUUCCUAGUCUUCGAGUGUCUUGAAACUGACAACGUUGAUGUUUUCAGAGGUAGGUUUUUCUGAUUGAUACAGACUCUGCAUCAUGUUUAGCAGAUGAGGACAACAACUGGCCGAAAACAAGCCUUUGUAGAUAUACGCACCCGUUUUUUUUAAAAUUUUUUAUCAGCCCAGGUGUCGGUGGCGCAAUCUGUCUAACACCGAGUUCAUCACCUCCAACUAGGCAACAUGUCAGCGAGCAGGCCUGCCCUAACUCCCAUUGGGCACCACAGGCUUGCUGCCAUCGCUUAUUGACCAUGAAAACUUGGUUGUGGUUUCAAAUAAUAGGUUGAUUCCCUCCUUAUUCAGUACGUAAAUGUUUUCCUGCUAUAAAAAGAAGUGGGAUCUGAAUGUGUUUUAAGUGAUUUGCAUUGUUUGGGGAAAGGGAUUAGGAGCAAACACUCAAACAUUUUUUUCUAAGUAAAAUUCUUGAAAAGCUGAUGCAAAACAUUCUUUACAGCUGAAACGUUGGUCAUGUCCAAAUACCUGACAUUGUCCCUUGAAACAAACGCAGCGUGUCUGCUGCCGAAUCUGUUCAGUUUGUCAAGGAGGAGGAUGAUGCUUUCGAGACAGACCUGAAAAGAAGGUGAAUAUUUUGCACUUUUGAUACUCUUAGGAACAAAUAACUUAUUUGGCAAAUGGUGUCUUUUUUAUGUUGUUUUUGUUUUGUAUUGUGAACAGGCACUGAAGCUGAUGUUAUUUUGUUUUAAGAAUAUUACAGACUGGAAACAGAAAUAAACUAUUUUAAUGUGUGA